AUGAGUACAAAGAAAAAUAUGCUUACAUGCCGGGAAGAAAUAAUACAAGGAUUAUUGCAAGUAGAAGGCGUAGAAAACAAUUUGGAGAGAGCAACCGACAAGAAUGUGAAGCAAGAAAAGCAAAGAAAGCGAGGUGAAAGCAGUCAAAGAAUAGGAAAAAAUGAAGGCACUGCAAGGACUAGCAGAAAAAGGUGUGCUGAAUGCUACAGAAGAAUUGAGCAGGAAAAAGGUUCCAAAGAGGCAAGAUCCAAAACCCCUAAGGUUCUAGCAUUCUGCGAAGAUUGCGAGAAAAAACCAACGAUGUGUCUAAAUUGCUUCAGAAAUGUUCACGAUUAG